CGCCACAGUCAAAACCGAAUCUAGCGCUGUCAAUGAAAUGGUAUUACUAUAUUUUUGAGUCUCUAAACUGACAGUAAGAAUUCAGUUUUCCAUGCGACUUGCAUGGGCAUAAACGCAGCCUCCGUUCUGAACCAUCUCAUCAAUGGCGAACCCACCACCUCCAAAGCACCAAGGUCUCAAGAAGCAAAAGCCUUAACUACCACAAUCCUCAACCACCUUCGUUUAGGCCGACUUGGAAAGGCCGUCUCUGUUUUAUUCUCAGCUCCAGUACCUUUCCCUUUUGAUCUCUAUGCUCAUCUCUUCAGAAUCUCUGCCUCUAAGAAGGCCAUUGUCGAAGUCCGUAAAGUGGAGUCCCAUUUGGUCAGCUUCGCCCCAACCCCACCUGUGUUCUUGCUCAAUCGAGCCAUUGAGGCGUACGGUAAGUGUGGGUGUUUGGCUGACGCUCGAGAGCUGUUUGAUGAAAUGCCUCAAAGAGAUGGUGGGUCUUGGAAUGCUAUGAUUACUGCUUAUUCACAAAAUGGGUAUUCCGGGAAGGCAUUGGGCGUUUUCUCUGAUAUGCAUAAGUCUGGGAUUUUUGCUGCUGAGGUCACUUUUGCAAGUGUUCUUGCUUCGUGUGCCUCUACCUUGGCAUUUUGGCUUUCUAGACAGGUGCAUGCCCUCAUUUUGAAAUAUGGUUUUGGCGGUAACGUGAUUUUAGGGAGUUCACUUGUGGAUGUGUAUGGCAAGUGUAGGAGAAUGGGUGAUGCGCGGAGAAUGUUUGAUGAAAUUGAGAGUCCAAAUGCUGUUUCUUGGAAUGUGAUUGUUAGGAGGUAUCUUGAGAUGGGUAAUGGAAAAGAGGCUGUCUUUCUGUUUUUCAAAAUGAUUAGUCUUAAUGCGAGGCCGCUGACAUUUACAGUCUCAAAUGCUCUAGUUGCUUGUUCUAGUUUUGGAGGAUUUCGUGAAGGAAUUCAAAGUCAUGGAUUUACAAUCAAGAUUAAUUAUGAAGAGGAUGAGGUGGUUUCAUCCUCUCUGAUUGAUGUGUAUGUCAAAUGUGGGGAUUUAGUGAGUGCUCGAACGAUGUUUGACCUGCUAUCCCCUAAAAAUUUGAUUCAUUGGACUUCUAUGGUGUCAGGAUAUGCCAUGAGUGGGAAAACCAGGCAAGCAAGGGAGCUUUUUGAUAGGAUGCCUGAACGCAAUAUGGUUUCAUGGAAUGCAAUGCUAGCAGGAUAUGCGCGUAGUUCACAAUGGGAUGAAGCAAUGGAGUUAAUUGUUUUAAUGUGCAAAGAUACGAGGGACAUUGAUCAUGUGACUCUCAGUUUGAUCCUAAAUGUUUCUGCAGGGCUUUCUGAUGUUGAGUUGGGAAAGCAGGUUCAUGGAUAUAUAUAUAGGCAUCGUUUCUACUCAAACUUAUCCGUUGCCAAUGCACUUCUUGAUAUGUAUGGAAAAUGUGGGAACUUGAGAAGGGCUAGAGCUUGGUUUUAUGAAAUGAGUCAUUUUCGAGAUAUGGUUUCUUGGAAUGCUUUGUUGAGUAGCUAUGCUCGUCAUAGGAUGAGUGAAGAAGCUUUAUUAAUUUUCUGGGAAAUGCUAGGAGAGGCAACACCUAGUAAAUUCACUUUUGCUACUCUCUUGGCGGGUUGUGCAAAUAUCUUUGCUCUUGAACAUGGUAAACAAAUCCAUGGAUUUAUGAUUAGAAAUGGUUAUGAUUUGGAUAUCGUGAUUAAAGGAGCUUUGGUUGACAUGUAUUCCAAAUGUCGUUGUCUUGACUAUUCACUGAAUGUUUUCAUUGAGACUCCUGUGAAAGAUGUUGUUCUCUGGAAUUCUCUGAUGCUGGGAUGUUAUUAUAAUAAACGAAGUGAAAUAUUAUUUCAGUUGUUUGAGGUAAUGAAGGAGGACGGUGUGAAGCCAGAUGGUACUACCUUCCAAGCUGUAUUGCUUGCAUGCAUUUCUCACGGUUGUGUGAAAUUGGGUAGGCUGCUUUUCAAUUCAAUGAGUGGUGAUUACUUUAUUAUACCACGUUCGGAGCAUUAUGAAUCUAUGAUUAAGCUGUAUGGUCUGUAUGGAUUCUUUGACGAGCUUGAAGAUUUUGUUAAGAAGAUGCCAUUUCAACCAACAACCCCUAUGUUAGCAAGAGUUUUUGACUCUUCCAAAGAGCACGGGAAUACAAGGUUAGGAGAAUGGGCUGCCAGACAACUUAAUCUUCUGAAGGAAAGAAAUUUUCUAUUCCAUUCUGCUUCAAAGUAUGGAUGAGAACUAACUUGUAACAAGGUUGGCCAAGGCUAUUGUCACUAAAACAUGUAGACACAGCCUGCUUGUUGAUUUGGAACUUUUGCAACAAUAUUUUGAUUGCUGUCAGACCAAUACUUUACUGGAGCCAAAUAUUGCAGACACAGUCGAAUCUAUGUUGGCCCAACUGACCACCCUUCGCCAAAAAAUUAUAGUACGUAUAAGGUAAAAUACUACUUGUUAUUGAUUAAAAAUAGACUUUGAACACCCUUGCAUAGCCCACUGGCAAAGGGUGUUCAAAUUUCUUAUUGAAUUUCCUGGCUUCGCCACUGAUUGCAGACUCAGAUCUCGGGAAAGUGCUUGAACCUAUGAGUAUUUGCAUAAUUCAAACACAACAAUAUUUUGAACAGAAACACAUAGAAGUUGCAGUUUAGGUGGCCGCUGCAUAACUCUUGGUAAUAUAAAUGCUGAUCAUCUGUGGUGGCUUUGGCAUUUGCGACAAGGAAAUGGCUGCAUGAUGGCUGUUUCUAACAGAUAAAUAGGGAACAUAUCUUUCUUUUCCUGGAUAUCCAAUUGGGGCAGAAACAGAUUGAUGGCCAGUGAAGAAUAGAAAGCUAUUCAAUCAAACAACAAGUCGAGGUCAAUCCCCAUAGAAGGAGGAUGUAGUGUUGCUUCAGAGAAGGAACUCGGCACUAUCAGCCUUUUCACUUGUGCAUGGUAGAACUAUUCUAAGGUGAACAUGGGCGAAGAAAUUGUUCUUAAUUAAGAUGUGGUAUAAGUAAAUGUGUGUGAAAGAACCAUUGUGGACUGCACUCCAGUUGCUAUCAUUGGACCAACGGACGACUUCUCAGACAGAUGGGUGAAAAGAUGACACUGGAUUGGGUUAAGCUGAAAGUUAAGCUGACUUCAGGGUUCUUCGUAGUGUAUCUGACUAGAGGCCAAUAGAAGAGUUCAUUGUAGUACUACAAGCAGUGGAAUAAGGCUGGUGAUAAUAAGUCUAGUUCUAAGUCAUAUAAGAAAGUGAAAACAACAAAUUCAAGGACAUCCCGGUACUACAAUAUCUGCUAUGGAUGAAAGGGGAGAAUUUCAAAUUUUGUUAAGUUAAAAGUGAUUCUUCUUCUAUUCCUUUUUUUGAGAGUUAAAUAUGUUCUUCUGUUUAUACUUUGCUCAUUUUUAGUGUUGAUUGAAAAAACUUUUUUUUUUUC